AUGGCGGCCUCUUGGUUUGCCCUGCGCGGCGGCCGACAGCUGGCCCUGCGGUCGCGUGUUCGUGUCGGUCCCUCGCCGGUCUCACUGCGCACUGCCUCGGUUGCGCCAUUAGCUAUUUCUCGACGCUGCCUGAACACCUCCCAGCAGGCGACGCCCUCAACGGCAGCUCGCCGCGGUGUUUACACCAGCUCCGUCAACGCCCAUGGCGACCCUCACCCCGAGGACAUGUUCCAGCCCCUCGAUACUUUCCCUCGCCGCCACAUUGGCCCCUCUCCCGAUGCCGCGUCCGAGAUGUUGGCCGUGCUCGACCCUCCAGCGGCCUCGCUUGACGAGUUCGUCAAGCAGGUCCUCCCCGCGGACAUCCUCUCUAAGAAGAACCUGAAGGUCGCCGAGCCCCAUGCCGACAUCAGCCUGUACCGCUCCCCCGUGCAGGGCGGUCUGGGCGAGACCGACAUGCUCAAAUUGCUUGACACCUACCGCAAGCAGAUUGACAUCUCCGGCAAAGCGUACAUCGGUACCGGCUACUACCCGACCAUUGUUCCACCCGUCAUCCUGCGCAAUGUGCUGGAGAACCCGGCGUGGUACACCAGCUAUACUCCCUACCAGCCUGAGAUCUCCCAGGGCCGCCUGGAGUCUCUGCUGAAUUUCCAGACUCUGACCGCAGAUCUGACCGGCCUGCCCUUCGCCAAUGCUUCCAUCCUGGACGAGGGCACCGCUGCCGCCGAGGCCAUGACCAUGUCCUUCGCCACCAUGCCCGCUUCCAAGCAGAAGAAGGCCGAGAAGUCAUAUGUCGUGUCGCACCUCUGCCACCCGCAGACCAUUGCCGUGAUGCGCUCGCGUGCCGAGGGCUUCGGCAUCAAACUUGUGGUUGGUGAUAUCAUGGCGAAUGACUUCCAGCUGGUCAAGGACCAGGGCGACCACCUGAUUGGUGUCUUGGGCCAGUAUCCCGACACCGAGGGCGGCAUCUACGACUUCCAGUCCCUCAGUGACUCCACCCACGCCCAGGGCGGUACCUUCAGCGUCGCCACCGACCUGCUGGCUCUGACUGUCCUGAAGGCCCCCGGCGAGUUCGGUGCCGACAUUGCCUUCGGUACCGCCCAGCGCCUGGGCGUGCCUAUGGGCUUCGGUGGCCCCCACGCCGCUUUCUUCGCCUGUGCUGACAAGUACAAGCGCAAGGUACCUGGCCGUGUUGUGGGUGUGUCCAAGGACCGCCUCGGCAACCGUGCCCUGCGUCUGGCUCUGCAGACCCGUGAGCAGCACAUUCGCCGUGAAAAGGCCACGAGCAACAUUUGCACCUCGCAGGCUCUCCUUGCCAACAUGACUGCUAUGUACGCCAUCUACCACGGUCCCGUUGGUCUGAAGUCCAUUGCUCAGCGCAUCAUGGCCAUGACCUCUCUGCUCCGCGAGAAGCUCGUUGCUCUUGGGUACAACGUGCCUGUUCGCUCCAACACCGAGGGCGGUGUGGUCUUCGACACUCUGGCCAUUGAACUUGCAGACGCUUCCGAGGCCGAUGCCGUCUAUGCUGCUGCCCGCGAUGCGAACAUCUUCCUGCGCCGCCUUGACGGCAACAAGGUCGGUAUCUCUUUGGAUGAGACUGCCGGCCGCGAUGAGGUCAAGGGCCUUCUGGAUGUAUUUGCCGCCUACAAGGGUGCUUCUCCUGUGGAGAUGGAUGGCCCUCUUGGUCUUGCUUCAAUUCCCGCCAGCCUGGAGCGUACCUCGCCCUACCUGACCCACCCCGUUUUCAACACUCACCACUCCGAGACUGAGAUGCUGCGCUACAUCCACCAUCUCGAGUCCAAGGACCUUUCUCUGGCCCACUCCAUGAUUCCUCUCGGGUCCUGCACCAUGAAGCUCAACGCUACCACGGAAAUGAUCCCCAUCUCUUGGCCCGAGUUCUCCCAGAUCCACCCCUUCAUGCCCGCCGACAAGGCCAAGGGCUACAACCAGAUGAUCGACGACGUCGAGCAGCAGCUUGCCGAUAUCACUGGCAUGGCCGAGGUCACCGUGCAGCCCAACUCCGGUGCUCAGGGUGAGUUCGCCGGUCUUCGUGUCAUCAAGAAGUACCAGGAGGCCCAGGGUGACGCCAAGCGCGACGUCUGCCUAAUCCCCGUCUCCGCUCACGGCACCAACCCUGCGUCUGCUGCCAUGGCCGGCAUGCGUGUUGUCACCAUCAAAUGCGACACCAAGACCGGUAACCUGGAUCUUGCCGAUCUCAAGGCCAAGUGCGAGAAGCACAAGGACGAGCUUGCCGCCUUCAUGAUCACCUACCCCAGCACCUUCGGUGUCUUCGAGCCUGGUGCCAAGGAGGCCUGCCGCCUGGUCCACGAGUACGGCGGCCAGGUGUAUAUGGACGGUGCCAACAUGAACGCCCAGAUCGGCCUGUGCUCGCCCGGCGAGAUCGGCGCCGACGUGUGCCAUCUGAACCUGCACAAGACUUUCUGCAUUCCCCACGGUGGCGGCGGUCCUGGCGUCGGCCCUAUCGGUGUCGCCAAGCACCUGGCACCCUUCCUGCCCUCGCACCCCGUCAGCGAGUACCUGCAGUCAAAGCGCGGCAGCACCUCAUCCCCGCCCAUCAGCGCUGCCCCCUGGGGUAGUGCCAGCAUCCUGCCCAUCACCUUCAACUACAUCAACAUGAUGGGCGACCGCGGCCUCACGCACGCUACCAAGAUCACCCUGCUGAACGCGAACUACAUCCUCUCCCGGCUGAAGCCGCACUACCCGAUCCUGUACACCAAUGACCACGGCCGCUGCGCACACGAGUUCAUCCUCGACGUGCGUGUCUUCAAGGAGACCUGCGGCGUCGAGGCAAUUGACAUCGCCAAGCGUCUCCAAGAUUACGGCUUCCACGCGCCGACUAUGUCUUGGCCCGUCGCCAACACGCUGAUGAUUGAGCCCACCGAGUCCGAGAACAAGGCUGAGCUGGACCGUUUCUGUGACGCACUCAUCUCCAUCCGCCACGAGAUCGCUGACGUCGAGGCUGGCAAGCAGCCGCGCGAGGGCAAUGUCCUGAAGAACUCGCCCCACACUCAGCGCGACCUGCUGACGACUGAGUGGAGCCGCCCCUACACCCGUGAGACGGCCGCGUACCCGCUGCCCUACCUGUUGGAGAAGAAGUUCUGGCCGACGGUGACUCGUGUUGAUGAUGCCUUCGGCGAUCAGAAUCUCUUCUGCACCUGCGGCCCCGUUGAGGACUCGGAAUAG